AUGGUGGGUGGGCAUUGGACAAACCUCCAGUUUGCUCCCUCCGUUGCUGGCGCGCGGCCACUCUUGGCGCGAGGACCCUGGCCAUCGACCCAAACGUCUCGCGCCGAUUCUCGAGGAGGCUCGUGCAGCAUGCCCAAGCGCAAGCAGGCGCCCCAGGAGCGGGCUAGUGGGCAGGGCGAUGUCCGAGAAAUGCUUCAGGCACAACGCAGGAGACACAACACCCAAUUAGGGCUGCCAGAUGCCCAACAGGACCCAUCCCCCCUCCCUGCUGGUGGUUACCAUUUGGCCACCAAGUGGGAGGAUUACAAGGAGCGAGCAUCGACAGCCACCCCCAAUUGCCCUCGGCUCCUGAAGAAUGGGGCUGCAUUUGUGGCUGCAUUUGAGCAGCAUAUGUGCAUGGAGGGGGUAGGAGUAGGGUCUGCCAGAGAUCAUGUGAACAACCUCAUGUCGGUGGUGCUGAAUAGCACCCUGCAUCCAGAACUGAGCCUACGUGCGGCGAGGGCCUUCCAUACCAUGCUGGAGAAGAAUCCCCCGUCAGGGGUGGAUGACUAUUGGAAUCCAGUGAACGGAAACCUGGAAAUGUUGGACAUCAAUGGGAAAAUGAAGAUGAUGAAAGGUGCAUCGAUUCUGUUUUCUGCCAUCUCUACAGUGUAUUCAGCCGUGCAGAGCUGCGACAUCCACAAACACUUGGGUUGUGUGCUCCUCCUUGAGGGUCUGGUGGCUUUGUUCGCUGCGGACCUGUCCCCGCGUUUGGCAGUGAUUGAACAGCGAACAGACCUAAGUUCUGAGGCCCAGGUGCAGCACCUAGCAGGGUGCUUUCUGUGGCGGACCCUGGAGGACCGCAAGUUUGAGGGCUACGAUUCCAAGCAAUCAGAGAAACAUGACAUGCUGCUGCGGAUUAUGCUCAUCAUGUCAGUGAGCGGAGAAGACAGUGAGGCAGAGGGUGGCUCGGGUGGCCAGGGGCUCGAGACCCAUAUCCGGAUGCGGCCAGUGGUAGGCAAGACUGCUGAGAAGCUGAUGCAUCUGCUUCUCAGCCUGUAUGGCACUGCUGAGGAACAUGGUCUGUACAUGAGCAAAAAGAAGCACGCCCUUGUGAGACAGUUCGGCAACAGCAGGGCUCAGAUUGACAAAAUCAUGCUCCAAGCCUUGUUUGAAAGUUCUGGCCUCAAGAAGGACGUUGGUUAUGGAGUGUUCAAGACCUUCAAGAGAAAGAAUGCUGUUCUGAUGGCGCUGCCUCACAAGGAUCGCAUGAGGCUCCUGGGAUUGGUGGUUGGCAAGAGGAGUUUUGUGGAGAAGAGCACCUACCCCGGCCUGUGGGCGGCGAUGGACUUCCACGAUGCUCCCUGCGACUACCCGCCAGUGGCUGCAGAGGUGCCUGUGGACGAGAUGGUCGACAUCUGUGCAACGCAGUUCACAUGCAAUGUGCGCAGCCUGGUGGCGGAUCUAGAGGAGGACGGAUUCUGCUUGCUGGUGGCGGCCGUUGUGGCCACGGCCUGUGCCCUGCCACAGUACAAAGGGCAAUUGCCCAAGGUGCGUUCCCUAUUCGCCAACAUCCAGGAACUCAUCGCCAGCCGGCAGGAGCGCCUGAAGUCUCAAGAAAGGUUGUCGCUCGAGGCUCGCAUUGCGCUGCGGUCCGCCAACCAGCUCAUUAAACUGAGGACAGCGGCCUGCGACUAA